AUGUCAGGAAAACCUGAGCGACCCAGUAAGCGCGUACGAAAACUCAGUACUGAUUCUGAGGGCGAUGGGGAAAUUGAUUGGACUGAUCGUCGUGGAAAAUCUGGUAAGGCUGAGCCAGCCACAAACAAGACCGAGUCAUCGCGAUCACGUCGCACGAAUCCAGAGCCCGCCUCGUCUGCCACAGUAUCACGUGGACCGGCACCACCACAAUCAACAAGCCCAGAGUCAAUGCGUUUGACCGUCAAGACAUCAUCAAGCAAAUUGAGAGAAGCUACAAGAUCGAGCCCUGUUACUGGUCCAUCGGUUAUGGUCAAUAGCAGAGAUCAAUUUGUGGGCGGCGAAAUUCUCGAAGGCAAGAGAAGCAGGAAGGUUAGGAAGACCUAUAUUUUGGAGUCAGAGAGUGAGGAAGAGGACGAGGAAAUGGAAGAUGCUGAAGAAGAUGAUGAUCCGGAUGCAGAGGGCGAAGACGACGACCUAGAUGCUGACGGAGAUAUUGAUAUGGAUGCGCAGCCUACUCCACCUACUAUCCAAGUUUCAAAGGCCCCAGCUGGAAAACCCAAGAUCACUGUGAAGGAACCACCCGCGAUCCCUACUGUCAAUGUUGAGCAAAGAGAGAUGGGACUUAGUGAUGAUGAUGACGAUGAACUCAGUGAACUCGACAGCGACUUGGGAGAGGAAAUAGAAGAGGAAGAAGCAAUGCAGAGUGGAAAUGAUGAAGAUGCAGAAGGCGAAGAUGAAGAGAUUGAAGUGGCUGUGGAAGAAGACGAGGAACUAGAUAGUGAUGAUGAGGCUCCUGCAAAUGAAAGUAGAGCUUCUACACCCGAUCUCAACAAAUUGACGAGGAGACAAAGAGCAAGAUUCGAUGAUGCAGCUAGUGGAUAUCUCAUGGCCCUCCCUGAUGAGGUUCAAGUUAAGAAGCAUCUCACAGCUGAAGAGCAUGCUAUGAGACGUGCUGAAAUGGCAAGAAGAAGAAAGAAUCUUAGUGAAAAGCGGAAUGAAGAGGAGAAGAUGGAAACUAUCAACAAACUUCUCAAGAAGCAAGCACCCAAGACCAAUGCUCGCCGAAGAGAUCUCAAUGGCCCAGUUGUUGAUGCAACUCCGGAAGGAGAACCCCAGAAGCCGCACCCGCUCUUUGUACGAUGGGUUAGCAACAAAGACGGGAAUAGGAUCGGUGUACCAGAAGAGUGGAUGGAAGGUCCUGUUGGUGCCUUGUUCCAAGGUGGGGUGAAGGCUGAUGGAAAUGGUUUGGGUGGUAAAUUGAUCCAGGAAGUCUCUUGA